UAAAAUUUACGCUGGUAUAGAAAUUACGAACUCCGCCAAAGAUAACAACAAAGCGAUUGGGUUCAAUUUUACAUUUUUUGUCAGAUAUAGCUUUGAUUGGGAUAACUAAACACAGAUAUAUAGAUACUUCUUUAUGUUUGCUAAACAAUCAAGAUGAAAGUAAGUCCAUUUAUUCCUUCUCAUCAGAAUCAAAAGCAUUUAUUUAAAGAAACAUGGACACACAUAUAAGGUACAAACUUUUUAUGUGGUAGUUGUGUGCAAACUCUGUUUUUUCAAAGGACAUGAAUAUGGAAAAUCACACCAGUGAAAACCAAUAUAGCUGCAAUAUCUGUGACAGAUCAUUUACUCAAAACAGUUAUCUGAAAAUGCAUUUGAUUACACACACUGCAGGGAAGAGUUAUCACUGCGAACUUUGUGACAAAUCAUUUUACAAACAAAGUAGUCUUGUUUCACAUUUGAUAAUACAUACUGGAGAGAAAAGAUAUCACUGCAAACACUGUGGCAAUUCCUUUUCUUGUACGGGUAAUCUUAAAAAACAUAUGACCAUUCACACAGGAGUGAAGAGUUACCAAUGUGAACUAUGUGAAAGAUCAUUUUUUUUAGAAAGUAAUUUUAAGAAACAUGUUAUUAUACACACUGGAGAGAAGAGUUAUCAAUGUGAAUUUUGUAAUAGAGCAUUUUACAGAAAAUGUUCUCUUAAAAUACAUAUGAUGGUACACACUGGUGAGAAAAGCUUUAAAUGUGAAGUUUGUGACAAAUCAUUCUACCGAAAAGAUACUCUUAAAUCACACAUGCUUAUACAUACUGGAGAGAAAAACUAUCAAUGCAAGCUCUGUGCUAAAUUGUUCUCUCUGAAAUCUAAUCUUAACAAACAUAUAAAGUUACACAUGAAAGUAAAGGAAUAUAUAUGUAAAGUGUGUGAUGUUUCAUUUUCUUCAAAUAGUGAUCUUGAAAAGCAUACUGCAAUACACACAGGAGAGAAAAGUUAUCAAUGUGAAAUCUGUGGCAAAUUAUAUGUUAGAAUAGGUGACCUUAAAAAACACAUGUCCAUUCACCCAGAAAAAAUGAUAAAUUAUAUAUCAUGUGAAAUAUGCAACAAACUAUUUUCUCAUAAAAAUACAUUAAACACUCAUAUAUUAACCCACACUGUAGUGGUGAAUCAUCAAUGUGAAAUUUGUGAGAAAUCGUUUGUCAGAAAUGAUUAUCUGAAAAAACACAUGACAAAACAUACAGGAGUGACUAAUUAUAUAUAAUAUAAAAUAUGCUAAGAAAAAUAGUCCCAAAGCACAUAUGGUGAGACAUGCCUGAAAGAAGAGAGCUUUUUGUUGAGAAAUAUGUGAGAUAUCCUGAAUCAUGAUCUUAGGAACCAUAUUGCAAUACAUACACACUUGUGGGAGGAAAACUAUCAGGAAAUCAUUAAUCUUUGAGAAGUCAUUUUCUCCCGAGUGUAAUCUUAAAAUGCACAUUACAAGAGUAAAAGUGACUGCUUAGUAUAGACUGUAUUUCGUGGAUUGUGGUUUUAAAUCUCUUAUUAUGGCAAGAAAGACAUGAAAUAGAUAUUGAUAAGACAUUAAUUUGACACAGAGUUGAGAGAAGUACGCUAUAAAUGUGCGACAUAUUGUGUUCCAAAGAUACAGAGUAGA